AUCUGUUUCAUUGUUGCGUGGGGAUUUCGUAACAGAGAGUGGAGCGGAGAAACCCACAGCUGACUUACUGGCGCUGUUGUCUUCACACAGACAGACGCUGUAGACACAUACGAGAGCUUUUUUGCUGUGAAAAAUCAAGAUUUUAUGCUAGUAUGAACCCGCCGUCCUGACACCAUUCACCAUACAGUAAUGCAGGAGAGGAUGAAGAGGCACGCGGCGGGUGCGCUGCUGACACUCUGCGUGAUUUUAGAGUGCAUAGAAGCAAAGAAGUACUGCUGGUAUUUUGAAGGAGGAUAUCCAAUCUAUUUCAUAUGUCGCUCAUACGAGGACUGCUGUGGGACGCGCUGCUGUGUUCGAGCUCUCUCCAUCCAGAGGCUUUGGUAUUUCUGGCUGUUGCUGAUGAUGGGCGUGCUUUUCUGCUGCGGUGCAGGUUUUUUCAUUCGUAGACGAAUGUAUCCAUCUCCACUCAGCGAGGACCCCGCCUUUAACGUGUCCUUUACCAGACACCCUGUUAGUUCACCAGUCUCCCAGCAGCCAGGAAUGCAAGGCUACAUGGACCCCUGCGGUGCCAUGACAACGGCUUUUGGCCCUGCCCACCCAGGUCAACCCACCCCGCCGCUUAUGAUGAGCUCCUACCCGCCUCCCCCGUCCUACUGCAGUCACCCACCACCCUCUUAUGAACAGGUCCUCAAGACCGCAGAGAAGAAGAACCACAAUGAAUCAUCACAAUGAAAAAGGAAAAACUGGCCAGUGACUUGAACUUACAACAUACACGGCUCAGAAAAACUGCAGUAUCUUUAAAUGCGUCCUGAAGCUGAUUUUCUUUUGGAUUUGCUUCUUUCAGGACGACUCAUUUUUGCUCGCUUUCCGUUUGUGGUGCACAACGGAGGGGCUGGCUAGAUGUGAAAGAGGAAUUUUGGACAUUGAAAGAAUAAAUGGACUUGAAUUGGAAAAACCUGUCUGAAAUUCAGAAACUCAGUAGGAGCCUUUGACACUUUGUGUAUUCUCAUCCCCAGCGUAUUUGAGAUGUCAUUUCGCCUAAAGCGGACCUCGGUUGGAGAGGCCAGGUGUAAGCAAUCCGUCGUCCUCCGGGAGAACAGGUGUUUCUGAAGCAAACGAUGAGAUGCCAUGGAAAUUAAACAGCGGGUACACAACAUUAAUUCAAUGCCCCUGCAAUGUCACGAACUUAAGACGGACCUUAAAAUAGGCCUACUGAUCUCAAGUUUUAUUCAAACUACCUAACCUGCGAACGAGAGAUUGGCUGUUCCUUACUGUAAAUGGUUGAAUGGGUUAAGAAACUCUGUUGUGAGUAUGAUACAGUAUGAGACUAAUUUGUUUCUUAUGAGAAAUGGGAAAUAGAUGAUGAGCUCUUAAGGAGGGAGUCUGUUGAUGCCCUGAUAACACUUCACAGUAGGAGACAGAUGAUUAAAUUCACAUUUUGCAGUUCAUUUCAUCUAUAAUGCCUUGAUUUUGCCGACAGGCAAAAACUGAAACAUUUUAUUUGGUUGAGCUCAAUCCGUUGGCCCCUUAGUAUUUCAUGAUUAGUUUGAAUCUAUUUGGACAAACUUAUUAUUGGAAUUAUUUACCUUUAAAUAAUUGGGGUCCAUUUACCCCAAUGAAAAAUAUAGUUUUAUCUUGGUAUUUGAAGGAAGUGAUUCAUUUAGUUCAGUAACUUCUUAAAAUAGCUCUGGGUUUACCAUCUUCAAGUAUUAUUUAAAGGGAUAGUUCGGCCAAAAAUGAUUUUAAACCCAUGAUUUACUCACCCCCAAGCUGUCCGAGUUGCAUAUGUCU